GCACAACUAAAACAAGCGUGGAGUCCCGCAGCAAAGCAGCAUAGAUGUGGGGGACAAUCGUCUCCCUGGGAUAGUUUAACAGGAUGGAAAUUGGCCUCUGCCACCUGUGGACUCUCCUCCUCCUCCUCCUCCUGGGAACCCUUUCGGGUUGUGAUAACUCAACUACUGAUGCCACUAAAACCAUUUCAACAACAGAGGAAGUCAAUAGCACAGAUCAAAACCCUACAAGUCCCAAAGAAUACGUUGUAACGACUACGCCAACGCAUCCCACCUAUCAGAAGUCGGUGAUGCAACGGUCCAUCAUUGUGAACCCCGUAGAUACCUCUCAAAUCGUUUUGGAAGGGAAUCCUGCCACUCUGGAGUGUCAGUUUGAGGCCCCACCGGAAGCCAACGCAACGGUUCUCUGGAAAAAAUCUUGCUCCCCAAAUUGCAGCCUCAAUCAUGACGUCUCCAACACCACAAACUGCAUCGUCUCCGCAAACGUCCUUCAGGGCUGGUCAAAGCUCUCCUUUCGUUCAACCCAAAAGAACGACACCGGCAUGUACUACUGCUUUGUGGUUGCUACCACUGGUCAUGGGCAAUCCUGUGGGACGUUUCUGUGGGUCAGGAGACCUCGCCCCGUCUCCUUCCUGAAUAUGAGUGAAUCCAUUAAAAACAAGAUUAUCACUGUGGAGGGAUUCCUUCUGCUUAUCUGUGCCAUUGGUCCUAGCCUUUUUCUGCUGUUCAAGAAGAGAUGGGAAAAUGAGCGUCUCUUGCAGGCCAAGAAGAAAGCUUGUGAAGAGGAGAAUCUGUAUGAAGGGCUGAAUCUGGAUGAUUGCUCAAUGUAUGAGGACAUCUCCAGGGGUUUACAAGCUACCUACCAAGACAUAGGCAAUGUCAAAGUGAUUGAUUUACAGCUAGAGAAACCAGAGAAACCAUGAAUUUAAAAUGCCUCAUUGUCAUUUUCUAGUUUAUUGAAAAUGGUUAUUUUAAAAUUCUUUGAUAUCUCUUGCUGAUAAUGUGUGUAUAUAUAUAUAUAAUGGUGACUCUGUAUUUUCCUAUUCUUAGAUAAUAAUAAUUGUAUAAAUUUAAUCUUGAGUAGUAAUUGGCUUGAAUAGAAUAACAUAAAUGAAAUAAGCAAAAACAUAUCCUUGCUUUUCCAAACAAGAAAAUACUCUGAUUAUAUGCUAUUUUGUAAUUCAGAUUCCUAAUUGCCAUUAUUUUAAAAAGGAGCAUCUCAGAGGUUUAGGAUGUCCAGCAACAAUUCUCCCUGGUAGAACAUUAAUUCUUAUGACAUCUGGAAAAAUAAAAAUAAAAGGAUAUGACGAGGACAAAUAACCACUGCAAUGUUUCUCCUCACUGUUUAUUUGCCAUUUUAAUAUUUUCCCAUUCUUUAAGGGAAAAUAUAGCUUUAUUUACAUUGCAGACUUGUGAAUACAGGAAAGAGUUUACCUUAUUUUUUUCACAGAGCAAACAGUAGCAAAAACAUGUGGUGGUGGGAUAAAUUCCAAAGACAAUGGGUUUUGGCUUUAGUGGGUGCCAACAAUUUUCAUGGGAUAACACUUCAACAUUUGACAGUUUUAAUCAAUCCUCUGUUAUAAUCCUAUGGUGAUACAAACAUAUCUUAAACUUC